GAUGACUAAUUAUUUCAGUGAUAACUUGAAUAUCGUCUCAAGUUGUUUCUUCUGUGUCCAUCCCCUUGGAGACACAAGAUAGGUGCUUUAUGGAGGGGUGGGUUAAAGUUUAAUGACCUGGUAAUAGUUACAUAUUGAGAAUCGCAGUAAGCCUAUUAGCUAUCAGCUGCUGCAGAUCUGGGCAGACGCACACAGUGAGCAGGCUGUCACCGAGGGCCCCCGAGAGAAACCAAGGCAUUAAAUAGAGCAUUUAUUGUCGCUCAGCUGUAAAAAAAUAAAAUGGCAAAGAAGACAAUAAUUGUGGCGCUGGCGAUGCUGCUGUUGGCAGCCGCCGCCACAUUCGUGGGUGUCUUCUUUGGCGUUGGAAAAAUUAAGCGACCAAGUGAGCAGGUAUUCUUGAAGGCAGCUGUGGCAGCAGAUGCUGGGCCAUGUUCAGAGGUCGGCAGAGACAUACUAAAAAAGGGGGGGUCUGCAGUAGAUGCCUCUAUAGCUGCUUUACUGUGUGUUGGACUCGUGAACGCUCACAGUAUGGGCAUUGGAGGAGGAGUUUUCUUCACUAUCUACAACGCCACAACUGGGGAGGUUGAGACCAUUGAUGCCAGGGAGACGGCACCACGCAACGCAACAGAAAACAUGUUUGGGAACAGUACAGAUUUAUCCCAGAAAGGAGGGUUGUCUAUUGCUGUACCAGGGGAGAUUCGUGGUUAUGAAAUGGCAUACAAACGACAUGGCAAACUACCUUGGAAGGACUUGUUCCAACCAAGCAUUGAGCUUGCAGAAACAGGUUUUCCUUUGGGCAGGGCACUUGCCAUCGCUCUGUCCAGACACAAAACUACUAUCAUUGCUGACCCAGCGCUAUGUGAAGUGUUUUGUGGACAAAAGGAUGACGUCCUUAAAGAAAACGACACCAUCAAAUUUACCAAGCUUGCAAAAACCUACAGGAAAAUAGCAGAAGAGGGUCCUGAUGCUUUCUACCAAGGAGAACUGGCUCAGAACCUUGUGACUGAUAUUCGGGCAGCAGGCGGUAUCAUCACAAUGGAGGAUCUGAAGGAUUAUGGGGCUGUCUUGGAUGAGAACCCUUUAAGGGUAAACGUGGGGGAGUACACCAUGGCUGUUCCCAAUGCCCCCGCUAGCGGCCCUGUGCUCUCGCUGAUAUUAAACAUCUUGAAUGGGUACAACUUCACCUCAGACAGUAUGGCAAACACUGAGAAAAAGAUCCUAACCUACCAUCGCAUCGUGGAGGCUUUCCGCUUUGCUUAUGCAAAGAGGACUUUACUUGGAGAUCCGAAGUUUCUCAACAUCACGGAUCUCAUCCAAAACAUGACUUCAAGUUACUAUGCCGAUGACCUCCGGGAAAAGAUCACAGAUGACACCACUCAUCACAUGAACUACUACGAGCCAGAGUUUUACAUGCCUGAAAACCACGGGACCUCACACCUCUCUGUGGUGGCAGAAGAUGGAAGUGCUGUGGCCGCCACCAGCACCAUCAACCAGUUUUUGGGCUCCAAAGUGAUGUCAGGAUCAACAGGGAUACUUCUCAACAAUGAGAUGGAUGACUUCAGCUCGCCGCUCAUCACUAACGGCUUCGGAGUCCCUCCUUCACCCAACAACUUCAUCAGGCCUGGAAAAAGGCCAAUGUCGUCUAUGUGUCCAGCCAUCCUCUUUGACAAAAACAAAAGGGUUAAGAUGGUGGUCGGAGCGUCAGGAGGAACGAAAAUUACAACAGCUGUUGCUCAGGUCAUUCUGAACGCACUGUUCUUCGACUACAAUCUUGAUAAAGCCGUGUCAGAUCCAAGACUCCACAACCAGCUGAGUCCAAACGUAACUGUGGCAGAGCCAGACUUUGACAAAAGCAUCCUGGAUGGUUUGGCAUCAAAGAACCACGAGACAGAGUACCUCACAUCAACAGGUGCUGUGGUGCAGGCGGUGGUUCGCUAUGAUGACAGACUCAACGCUAAGUCAGAUCCUCGCAAGUGGGCGUACGCCGCAGGGUACUGAUGUCAUAUACACACCUCUGAUUAUGGAGAGACUGUAGCUGCAUGAACCUUGACACCAGCGGUAUGAGCUGAGAGAUUAGAGACUUGAUAAAGAACAAGGGACCAUCGUCGGCACCAGUUAAGUUACAAUAAAGUUCAUGUGCUUCGUAGCGUGCAACUCAGAUAACAGAACAUUGACAUAUGGAUUGUUAUGACUUUGAAAACAAAGUGCCUCAGUGUGAUGUGAAUUUUGCACUCUGUUGUCUCAUGUCCAAUGUGUUUAUGUCACAUCAUCAUAUCAGGUAAUUAAGAAAGGCAUAGGAUGUUAUUUAAAUGGAUAGUUUUACAAUCAUCAGUUCACACACUCAGUCAAACAUGUACAUGUCCCCUAUUUAUGAAACACUUUUGUAAAUCAUUAACAGUGUAAAGCUGUUUCCUGCUUUUGUUCAUUAGAGAUAUGGUAUGUGACGUCAACACUAAUUAUUAACAACUGAACUCUUAAUUAAUGAAAUAUCCACAGAACAAAUCAACCAAAACUAACCUCAAAUACAUAUAUAGUCAUUUAAAGGGACAGGUUACACCAACAUCAGAAAUACAUAUUCUUCCUUUUGUUUUGGUGUUGGAAAACAAAAAAAAAAAAAAAAAAAAAAGUUACAUAGAGAAAUCAUGACCCAAUUACUCAAGAUAAUCCAAAGACCUUGUGUGUGCAGUUUCGUGAAGGAACUAUUGUUUUCUACCAAACUACACCCACCAAUCGUAUUACCACACAAAAGGAAGCAUACAUCUACUGCUAGCUCACCUAGCAAAACUGAGCUGGGAUGCCACUGAUGUUUACAUCUCUUGCGGUCACGAGCUUGAGUCUCUCGUCCAUGAGUAGAUGCACUCUUCCUUCUGCGCGGUGAUAUGGCUGACAGGCAUGGUUGGUAGAAAGAAAAUAGUUCCCCCACAAAACUGCUCACACAAUUCUGUGGAUUAUCUUGAGUAACCAGGUCAUGAUUUCUGCAAGGACACAUUGCUGUUGAGUUUUCCAUAUGUAUUUUUUGGCACUUUGAGCACCACGAGCCGAGUGCCAUCUAGUUCUAUUAUGUAGGAGAGAAGGCAGACAUCUUUAUGGCCAAUAUCUCCAACACACUGCAGCUCACAUCAGAACAAUCUAGGCCGAUAAACAACACUACAGGUAAGAUUAAACAUAUGUAUUUUGGAUUUUGGAGUGAACUGUACCUUUAAAACUUUAACAUAUUUCACAAGGGCUGUCCAUGUGAGGUGACUGCAAACAGAGGGAGAGUAGGCAAAAGGUUCUGUUAAAAUAAAGGACUGUAACACUCUGGGGACAAACAGUCCCUCUUAAUGACUUACAGUAAUUUCCCACAACCCAGAGUGCAAUGGCCUGCAAUGACCCCAUAACAACAUUACAGCUGUUCCUGCUCACUGUCACCGCUGGGAUUCAGGGCUUCUGUUCUCUCAGCUGGAAUGUAAAUGUGUUAUAUAAUUAGUGAUAUGUAUGAAAGUAAAUUUAUACUGCCUUUAUCAGUGCUUUGCUAUUAAUGACUGUUUUUAUCACAUAAGAACCAGUUAUAGUAGCCUACAAAGUGGUUUAACAUCCACAACACAUGUAUUUAUUUAAAAACAAAUGAAUGGAUAAUUUAUUUGAAAAUGAAAAUAUAUCAUUAAUGUGUUUUAUUGCUUUUUUUUAGAUUGAUAAAGUAGAUAUUGUUGAUGUUUUCUAUUUUUCUUUCCCCAUGAACACUUGAAAUGAACAUACUCUAAUUAUUAAAAACACACUUGCUGAA